AUGAGGGAAACACGAGCAGUUCAGACGAUGAGAAUCUUCCUCCUUCGCUCUCUUUAUUCUUUGACCACAAGGAGUACAACAGGCACCGACCCCGAACCAGCUGGCAGGGCCAGCUGGCCCCAGCUGGCCAUUCGGGCGUUGUUGCUUAACCAGGGCCGAUUUGGCCAAGACCAGGGCCAUUGGCCAAAGCAGAAGGAAGUGAUUGAACCAAGACCAGGCAACUCAGAUGAGCUGAGAAGCCGGUUCACGCAGCUCAGACCAGAAAAUGAUCAGUUCCUCAUCUGUCGGAUGCAAAACACCUCAGAGAGCGGUCGUCGUUUCGAAAAACGGUCGUCGUAA